UCUGACUGCCGCCAUCUUUCAUUUUGUAUUUUGUUUGAGUGUGGUUUGUUUGUAGUAGUUGUAGUGUUUGCGAUGUUUUGUGUUUAAACCGUGCGACUACAUAAGGAAUUCUUGGAUUGUAAUGCAAUUAAUCUGUUUUUUGUGAUUGGGAAGGGAAACAUUAAACUAAUCAGUGAAUUUGUACGGUAAUAUAUCAGUGUACUAUAACAAUGGUGCGUUUAUUCCGUGGUGGUAGAGGUGGGAGAGGAGCACCAAGGCCGCCUUUCUCGUAUCCACUGCCUCCAAGGCCUCCUCGUGAUUUUGAACCAAACUUUAGACUUCCAUUUGGGGCACCAAGAGGUCGUUUACUUCGAGGAAAUCUCAGACCAGGCCCUCCUCAUCCUCGGUUGCCUCCUCCCCCUAGGAUGGCCCCAUCACCAUUACCACCUCCACCUCCGAGACCUUUACCUCUUCCUCCUCACCAACCUCUUAAUCAUAGAGAUUUACGUAUGCCUGGUCCAAUUCCAAGAAGACCUCAUCCAAUGAAUCGGCCAGGUAUGCCACCUCCUAUGCAUCCACACCCCCUACCUCCUCCAGGCUCUCCACUUAGAAGACCGUUAAGGCCUGGCCCUCCUGGUCCUCCUCCGUUUAUGAGAGGCAGAGGAGGUCUUGCGAGAAGGGGUGUAGGCCUUAAACGCUUAGGUACCAAUACUCCUGCAAAUGGUAGAAACAAAAAAGUUUCCAAACGGAAAGAAAAAAAGGAGGGGGACUUCUAUUGUGAGACAUGCGAUCGCAGCUGGAAGACACAGGAGAUGUUGGAGGAACACGUGUCACAACACGAGGUGUGCGGCCGUGACGGUUGUACGUUCACAGGACACCCCAAGGUGGUCCAGAAGCAUGUGGAGUUGCAGCACGACACCGGCCUGUACCAGCGAAUAGUCGCCGACAACCCUGACGACAUUGCCAAGUGGAUUGCUGAACGCAAGAGACGCUUCCCUACUAAAGAAAAUGUGCAGAAAAAAGAAGCACAACAGGAUGAGAUGAUGAAUCGUGGUGAGAGAAUUCCAACUCAGGGAAAACGCUUUCAAAACAGACCCACAUGGAACAACAGAGGAAGAAAUACAAAUAAUAAUGCAGGUGGCUUCAGUCGAGGAGGAGCUCAAAGACAAUCAAGACCACGUCCAGAGAAGCUCAUGGAGACUUCCGAUAGCUCCAAAUGGAGAGACCCAGAUGCUUGGAGGGGAGACCUCCCCAAAUUCCCGGGAACAGCUGCGAUAGCUUCUCCAGAAGAAGAAAAACACAAAAAUUUAGUAGAUAAUAGUAAUUUUAGUGACGAUGAGGAUUGGACGAUGAAAGGUGAAGAAACUCCAAAUGCCAUAAACACUGAGAAACCUUUGGUCAGCAAUGUUCUACUUUCAUUGAUGACCAGUUAUGGGUCUGACAUGUCGGAUGGUGAUGAUGAAGUUAUGACUCAAGAGUCCACAAGAACGGAAAGUACUACGUUGGUAAAAGAUAUUGGAGAGACAACUGAUUUUAUUGCAAAUCAGAAUGGAGAUGAUAAUCCCAAGUUGAGGAGUGAAGCAGAGGAUGCAGCAUCUGCUGCCAAUGUAGGUGAAGAGUCGGACAGUGGUCCAGAAGAAACUGGUAUUGACAGAGAGGACAAGUCUAAUAUUCCCUUCCCUGAUAAACUUGACAAGGAGGAUAAGACAGAAUUGGAUAAAACACAAAGCACUGAGGCUAGAAAACUGGACGUGAGGCCUAAAGCACCUCAUGCAAGGCCUAUGAGACGGCACCAGUUGUCACUUCUUGAAAAGCUGCUCAGUAAUGAAAUACGGAAAGAGAGAAAUGCAAUUCUCCAAUGUGUUCGUUACGUUGUGAACAAUAAUUUCUUCGGAUGUGCAAAUCUACCAAAAGCUGCUAAUGGCCAUUGAGGAUGAUCAAAUUUGUUGAUUAUGAUUGGAACUACCAAUGAUAUGACUGUGAUUUAAAGUAAAUAUUGGAAAGGCAACA